AUGGCAUUGAACAAUGGGAUGGCAAUGAACAAUGGGCUAGCAAAGAUAGAGACACAAAAGUUGAAAGAAGAGAUAUGUCAUGAUGAUAGUGCAGUGCCAGUGAAAGCUCAUACAUUGGACGAAUUGCAUUCAUUACAAGUGAAGAAAUCAAAUCCUAACACUCCAAUCAUAGACCUUCAACAGAGUAUCUUUGGAUCUGAAGCUGACAAAAAUAAGCAACAACUUGAAUCCAUCAGUGCAUCAUUGGCAUCAUUGACAAGGGAGACAGGGCCAAAGGUAGUUAGAGGAGACCCUGCUAAACAGGCGGAGACACCCAAAGUGGUCCAUGCCUCUCAUCAACAUCAACAUCAACAAAUUCCACCAUUUAGCAAUAUUACUGAUAGUGCUCUCAAGUUUACUCACAUCCUCUAUAAUCUCUCCCCUGCUGAGCUGUAUGAGCAAGCAAUCCAGAAUGAGAAAGGCUCAUUCAUCACUUCAAGUGGUGCUUUGGCCACACUUUCUGGUGCCAAAACAGGGCGCUCCCCAAGGGACAAGCGUGUUGUUAAGGAUGACACCACAUCAGAGGAACUUUGGUGGGGAAAGGGAUCACCCAAUAUUGAGAUGGACGAAAAGACUUUCUUAAUCAACAGAGAAAGAGCCGUUGAUUAUCUUUGCUCAUUGGAGAAGGUUUACGUUAACGAUCAGUUUCUCAACUGGGAUCCAAUGAAUAAACUCAAAGUUCGAAUUGUAUCUGCCAGAGCCUAUCACUCCUUGUUCAUGCACAACAUGUGUAUCCGACCUACUCCUGAAGAGCUAGAGAACUUUGGUACUCCGGAUUUCACGAUAUACAAUGCUGGGAAAUUCCCGUGUAAUCGUUACACUCACUAUAUGACUUCUUCAACUAGCAUUGACAUUAAUCUUGCUAGGAAAGAAAUGGUCAUCCUUGGCACACAGUAUGCAGGGGAAAUGAAAAAAGGUCUCUUUAGUUUAAUGCAUUAUCUAAUGCCUAAACGCCAAAUCCUCUCUUUACACUCCGGCUGCAAUAUGGGAAAAGACGGAGAUGUAGCCCUCUUCUUCGGAUUAUCAGGAACCGGGAAGACUACAUUGUCUACAGAUCAUAAUAGGUACCUAAUUGGAGAUGAUGAACAUUGUUGGAGUGAUCACGGUGUUUCAAACAUUGAGGGUGGUUGUUAUGCUAAAUGCAUUGAUCUGUCAAGGGAGAAAGAGCCUGAUAUUUGGAACGCCAUCAAGUUUGGCACUGUGUUGGAAAAUGUGGUUUUUGAAGAACACAUUCGAGAGGUGGACUACACGGAUAAGUCUGUAACAGAGAAUACCAGGGCAGCAUAUCCAAUUGAAUACAUCCCAAAUGCUAAAAUACCAUGUGUUGGUCCUCAUCCGAAAAAUGUCAUUCUUCUUGCUUGUGAUGCUUUCGGUGUGCUUCCUCCGGUCAGCAAAUUGAACUUGGCACAGACAAUGUACCACUUUAUUAGUGGCUACACAGCUUUGGUGGCAGGAACAGAGGAUGGUAUUAAAGAGCCAACAGCAACAUUUUCAGCCUGUUUUGGUGCAGCAUUUAUAAUGUUUCAUCCAACAAAAUAUGCAGCAAUGUUAGCUGAGAAAAUGCAGAAACAAGGAGCUACUGGAUGGCUCGUCAACACCGGAUGGUCAGGUGGAAGCUACGGAUCAGGUAGCCGUAUUAAGUUAGCACACACUAGGAAAAUCAUUGACGCAAUCCACUCAGGAGAACUUUUGAAUGCAAAUUACACGAAAACUGAAGUGUUCGGGCUGGAAAUCCCAAAUGAAAUUAAGGGAGUUCCUUCAGAGAUUCUUGAUCCAGUGAACACUUGGCCAAACAAGGAUGCCUAUAAGGAAACUCUUUUGAAGCUAGGAGGAUUGUUUAGGAAGAACUUUGAAGUGUUCACAAACCACAAGAUUGGAACUGAUAGCAAUCUGACUGAGGAGAUAUUGGCUGCAGGUCCCAAUUUUUGAGAUUGAAGAAC